GUCGUGCCUCCCCUAAAGCGAAAGACCACGCCUGCUGGGUCUCAAACUACAGUUGAUUCUGUAGAGAGGCGCACUUGAACUUCAGCAUCGCACUUUCUACUUCGUAUUUGCAUUUGACGAAAAACCUGACCGAAUAGAGAAAAAAUGUCUCUGGCUAAGGAUCUGAUGCACCCCAAUUUUGCAGAGGAGAGGACCAGACACAAGAAGAAGAGGCUGGUGCAGAGUCCCAACUCCUACUUUAUGGAUGUAAAAUGCAUGGGCUGCUACAGGAUCACCACCAUCUUCAGCCAUGCCCAGACUGUGGUACCUUGUGCAGGCUGCUCUUUAGUCCUCUGCCAACCACGAGGUGGCAAAUGCAGACUAACUGAAGGCUGUGCCUUCAGAAAAAAAUAUUCCUGAGCAGAAAUCUUCCAAAACACCCAUGACAGGCAGCAGAAUGGACCAUGGAUAAAUUAGUCCAAGCCUCACACUCCUUGAUUUUAAACGUGGCAAAUCCUAGUGGAGAAAUCAUCUGUAUCUUGAUAAUGUGGAGUGAAAUUUAAAUCCCCCUGUGGGGUUUCUUUGGACAUGAGCAGGAGAGGAGCUAUGCAAGCUCAAGAUAAACGUAAAUCCUAUACAUGCAGACAUUGUAAUGUGCUCUGAAUGAAUGGUAUGUAUAGCAGAUUGAUAUGGCAAAGCAUAUAGUUUGGACUUCUAUUGACCAAGUCAGACAUGUUUGGUAAUCAUGAAAAAGUCCAGUGAGACAUGAUUUUUGUAAAACAUUUAUUAGGUUGACAUAGAAGGGGGUUGGUGAAUGAAAUAUUUUAAAAUGUGAGGCGCUUUUCAUGGCAUGAGAGGAAACCAAGAUGACCAUCACAAACAAAAAUAAAACAUUUAAAGAA